AUGACUGUCAAGCGCAGGAAUCACGGAAGAAACAAGAAGAACCGCGGACACGUCCGUUUCAUUCGCUGCACUAACUGCGGAAGAUGCUGCCCUAAGGAUAAGGCCAUCAAGAAGUUUGUCGUCAGAAACAUCGUUGAGGCUGCUGCCGUUAGAGAUAUCGGAGAUGCUUCCGCAUACACCCAGUAUGUUCUCCCCAAGCUCUACCACAAGCUCCACUAUUGCGUUGCCUGCGCCAUCCACAGCAAGGUCGUCCGCAACAGAUCUCGUGAGGCUCGUAAGGAUCGUCAACCACCCCCAAGAUUCGGACAACGCAACGCCCAAGCUCGCCCAGGAGCCCCCGGUCCACGUCCAUAA